CUCCCGGGGCAACGCUGCUGCUCUCCCUCCGUCUCCCUCUCUCUCCCGGGACGACACUGUGCUCCCGCCGUCUCUCCCGGGACGACACUGCGCCCCCUCCCUCCCCCUGUCUCUCCCCUUCCCGGGACGACACUGCGCUACCUGUCCCGGGGCAAUGGUGCGGUCUCUCUCUCUCUCUUUCUCUCCCGGGACAAGGCUGCGCUCCCUCUCCCUCUCUCCGGGCAAUCGUUACACUCUUGAUGAUUCACCCUGCACUCGGUGAAUGCAUAGACCCUGAUUCCCUCAUGAUCUGCUUUAGGCGGGGAUAAUCCCAGCGUUGCAACACACGGCGACCCAUUGAAACCCCGCUGGGGGUUCCUUCUGGGCUCAUCCCAUUGUCCGGACAGCGAGUCUGGCCCGGGGAUUACUGACCCUCAUCCCAACCCUUGCGGCCAACUCCGGACACCCAGCACCUCAGAAAUUACUUGGCCUCUACAGCUGUCUGUGCCAAUGAAUUCCACCCUCUGACUGAAGAGAUUUCUCUUCAUCUCCUUUCUAAAGCUCAGGCAGCAAUGUGCCGUUCAAAGACUAGCGAGCACAGCUUUAAGGAGUGAGGGGCAAAGUUCAAAGGAGAUGUGCAGGAUUUGAAGCAUUCAUCGCUUCAUGAACAUUUCUGUGGACUCCGCGUCUCUGGCAGCUGGAUUUUUGUCUAAGUCUUAAGGCUGGGAUUUUGGAGUGAAUUUUAAAGUGGAAUGAUGAGUGCGAUUCGAAAGCUUUUACGACGGCGCUCCUUGUACUGGAAGGUGGUUCUUGCAGCCCUGGUGUUCAUCACAUUUUUAUUUUUGAUGCAAAGGGAGAUGGUGGGCACGGCGACCCAGGAGCCGUGGCUGAGGGAGAUGGUGGUGAGAAAAGACAAGGUGCUGGACAUCAUGAUGGGGGCAGUCAAUAACAUCAAGGAGGCAAUCCCGCGAAUGCAGAUCGGAGCGCCGGUCAGGGAGCAGAUGCCCACCCACCUGGGCAAACUCUGCUUGCCCGGCCACUUCACAGUGGCAGAACUGAAGCCGUUCAUGGAACGGCCGCACCAGGACCCGAACGAGCCGGGAGCCGGCGGCAACCCCUACCUCACUGACAACCUGACUCCAGAGGAGCAGAAGGAAAAGGAUCGAGGAGACACCAAACACUGCUUCAACCAGUUUGCAAGUGACCGCAUCUCCCUACACCGAGACCUUGGACCCGACACCCGGCCACCUGAAUGCAUUGAGCAGAAGUUCACACGAUGCCCAUCCUUGCCCACCACGAGUGUCAUUAUCGUGUUCCACAACGAGGCUUGGUCGACCCUACUGCGAACAGUCUUUAGUGUCAUGCACACAUCGCCCGCUCAGUUUCUAAAGGAGGUAAUACUGGUCGAUGAUGCAAGCACAGACGAUUACUUAAAAGAAGAAUUGGAUAACUAUGUGAAGCCAUUUCAAAUUGUGAAAGUUGUUCGCCAAUUGGAAAGGAAGGGGUUAAUCACUGCAAGAUUGCUGGGAGCCUCUGUGGCCGUGGGAGAGGUCCUGACCUUCUUGGAUGCCCACUGUGAAUGCUUCAAUGGUUGGCUGGAGCCAUUACUGAGCAGGAUUGCUGAGAACCACACUGCUGUGGUAAGCCCUGAUAUCACCAGCAUUGAUAUGAAGACUUUUGCGAUAUCAAAACCCAAUCCAUAUGGAAGCCAUCACGUCAGGGGUAACUUUGAUUGGAGUUUGUCCUUCGGCUGGGAAAGCCUUCCUGACCACGAGAUAAAACGGAGAAGAGAUGAAACAUAUCCAAUAAAAUCGCCAACAUUUGCUGGUGGGCUGUUUGCCAUCUCCAAGAAAUACUUUGAAUAUCUAGGCACCUACGAUGACCAGAUGGAAAUAUGGGGUGGUGAGAACAUAGAAAUGUCUUUCAGGGUCUGGCUGUGUGGCGGGCAGUUAGAGAUACUGCCGUGUGCUGUCGUGGGUCAUGUCUUUCGCUCAAAAAGCCCCCACUCCUUCCCCAAAGGUAAUCAAGUGAUUGCCCGCAACCUGGUGCGACUGGCAGAGGUGUGGAUGGGGGAGUACAAGCAGAUCUUUUACAGACGCAACCGUGAGGCACUGCAUAUAUUUCAAGCGAAUUCUUACGGAGACAUUACCAAAAGGUUGGAGGUGAAGCAACGUUUGCAAUGUAAGAACUUCACUUGGUAUCUCACGAAUGUUUAUCCAGAGGUAUUUACCCCUGAGUUAUAUCCUCAACACUUCGGUGCAAUUAGAAAUGUUGGUUCCGGGACUUGUCUUGACGUUGGGGAAAAUAACGUGGGUGCAGAGCCCCUAAUAAUGUACACAUGCCAUGGUCUUGGUGGAAACCAGUACUUUGAAUAUAGCUCAUGGCAUGAACUUCGUCAUAAUAUCCGGAAGGAAUUAUGUGUUCAUAACUUAGACAACAUUGCUUAUCUUAAGCAAUGUACUUACAAAGGUGCAAACAGCGCUGCCUCAGAAGAGCAGAUUUGGGAAAGCCAGGAUAAGCAUCUUGUAAAUCGAGUUUCAAAUAAGUGUUUAACGGCAAGAGGUAAACACCCCAACUUGGUUCCAUGCGAUCCUUCCGAUCAACACCAACAGUGGAUCUUUAGCUAACAGGCAACGUCGGCCCUGAAGCAAUGAAGCUCAAGUCCAAAUUAUUGCAUCAGGAAAUUUUUUGCACAGUCUUGAAAGGCCAAAAACAUGCAAGUUUAUGCAAUGGAAAUAUUUUUGAGACAUUUUUAAAGUUUGUAAUAAAGCAAAUUGCACUUGAAUGUGUUAGACGGUGUUAAGGUAACCUUCCGAUAUCUUACAGCAAUGGACGUUUGUUUAAUCAAUUUAUAUUUUGUAUUAUUCCAAUACUCAACGAUGAAUUUGGAGUACGUGAGAUUUUAUUUUAUAGAGUUGGUGAUUGUGUAUGCUGGUAACAUUUUAACGGGUGAAUGAUCAGCAGAAUAAAUUCUGCUUAUUUUUGAAGAAUAAUUUACUUGAGGAUUUUACUGUGGUAUAUAUUUUGGGGAGUGAUUUCGGCAUGUAUUGGGAAGAUUGUUUUUCCUUUCAUUAAAAUUGCAAAGAGCUGUAUUUAUAAAAAGAAAGUACAGAAAGAGGAUUGUGAGGUAUCUCACUUUCUUAGACCAUCCAUUUUUUCAUCUUUAUUGCUGUGACGACAUUUCUUUAAUAUGUGCCAAGGGUUGGUUUAUUGCUGCUAUCUCAUCUUGAAGUUUGACAAUUUUUGAGAUUGAAAUGUGUUUAUAUGUCAGGAAAUUUGGUUCUAAGGAUCUUUUGUGCAGGGGUAAUCAAAUUAAUUUCAUGUAAUGUCAAGUCAUAUUUAUAAUAUUUUUCCAAACUCUGCUCCAAUAAAAAUUGGUAAUUGUCA